AUGGAUUUCAUCAAGACCAGUUCCCUGCGUGCUCUGAUUGAGUUAACUUUCCAACGCAACUGGAACGGCCUAAUUUGGAUGAGUAGAAAAGGAGUUACAACCAAAAGAGUGAAGACUCCAGACGGCUCUAUCGAGAAUCAGCGCCCAACCGCGCAGUCCGGCUGGCCGAGGAACGAACAUUCCACGCUCGGCCAGAAUCUCGUCCGUCCGUCUGAAGUCUCGGCCAAAGUCCAAAAGUUCGGCCGAUCACGCAACACGACCCGGGAAACUAUUGCCCGCGGUCGGCCAAGCACAACCACCCACGCCACGCCGCGCACGAUCCGCCGCGCGAGCCGGGAAGUAACACCUCGCGGCCGCGCAACUCGUCCCACGUACCACGCACGAACGCGCCGUCCGAGCCGGGAAACUACGUCCCGCGUCCGACCGAGAUUUUAUCGGCCAAGUCUUCAUCCGUCCGACCACAGCGGCCGACCACGCAUCCGUCGCCACGACCGUUCCGAUCGUACUAGGAGCGGCCACGACCCGAUUCCGGCCGAUCGUCCCGACCGACCGUCCCAACGCCGCGGUCGACCCGAAGCCCGUUUUGAAGCCCGAUUUCAUAUUUUCAAGGCCCGGCUUAACCCUAAGCCGCCUCAAAAGACCUAG